AUGAAAGACUCGUUGACCCUAACUCCGAAUACGAGUGCUUGGAUCCGUCAACAUCAGUUAGGAGCAGGUACGUUUGGUAGUGUAGCAAAAGUUAUUAAUCAUGAAACACAACAGAUUACUGCUGUCAAAUAUAUUCGACCAAAUAAAAACUAUGAAGAAGAUGGUGAAAUACCAUCGACAGCUGUUCGCGAAGUUCAUAUUCUCAAAGAAUUAAAUCAUCCAAAUAUAAUACGUUUGCUCUAUGUCGAUUUUAAUCCGGAUGAUGAUAAUAUCUUGUUGUAUUUGGAGUGUAUGGUGAUCGAUUUGAAACGGUAUAUAAAUGCAUUAAACCAUGAAGAGAGUUAUACGUAUCAAUUAUUAUCAGGCAUAGAAUAUAUACAUAGUCGACGAAUUCUUCAUCGUGAUCUUAAACCACAUAAUAUUUUAAUCGACUAUGCAGGAAUCUUGAAAUUAGCAGAUUUUGGUUUAGCCCGAUAUUAUCAUACAACUGAUAGAACGUUGACACAUGAGGUUGCAACACUGAGGUAUCGAGCUCCUGAAGUGCUGUUGAACGCUCCAACAUACAGCAUGGCUAUUGAUGUGUGGUCAUUCGGUUGUAUAUUUGCUGAAAUGUGCACAAAAAAAGCAUUGUUUUUCGGUGAAAGUGAAAUCGAACAACUCUAUAAAAUUUUUCAAUUAUUGGGUACGCCAACAGUGGAAUUAUGGUCUGAACUAUCUGAAUGUUUGUAUUAUCAAACACUAUUUCCAAAGUGGACGGAAAAUAAAUUAGGUUUUGAAAUGCCAAAACUGAACAUGACUGAUUCACAAAUUAAUUUUUUGAAAGUAAUAUUGAUCUAUUCUCCAAAACGUCGUCCAAUGGCGAAUCAAUUGCUUAAACAUCCCUAUUUCACGUAUCCAAUGUGUGUUGAAAAAGAAAUUAGACCAAAUGCCACUGUGAUUGAUCGAGCAAUUAGAGAACAACAAAGAAAAAUGAUCAAUGCUUAG